AAAAGAUAACUUAGAAAACCCAAACCUCUUUAAACUGUCCCAAUAAUAAUUAAUUCUCCCUGUUCUUCAUUUCUUGCAACCUUCCUUCACCACGUGUAUUAAGCAUUGCAGACCGGCCCCUUUGUUGCAGAAAUUGCCUGCGCUUUGGGGCUAAUCAGGACGAGAGGGCUGGUAUAAUUUGCAUGAAACUCCCAGCCCCAAGGAUCACAUGGUGCUAGUGCGAGGGGAAUGAACGAUGGCGGUUACCGGCAGCUCCUUUCUGCUCUUCCUGAUCGUGGGGUUUUUGCACCUUUCUAUUCCCACCGGAGCCCUGCACACGGUCGGUUCCCUGCCCCUGGACACCGUCACUUUUUACAAGGUAAUCCCCGAACUGAAGUAUGUCCUGGUAAAGAUUGACACACAAUAUCCAUAUGGAGAGAAGCAAGACGAGUUUAAGAAAUUAGCAGAAAACUCUGCUUCCAGCAAGGAUCUCCUGGUGGCUGAAGUUGGAAUAUCAGAUUACGGUGAAAAGGAAAAUUCAGAACUUGGGGUGAAAUAUAAAGUGGAGAAGGAUGACUAUCCUGUCUACCUGCUGUUCAUUAAUGGGGAUUUGGAGAAUCCAGACCGGUACACUGGAGAGAUUAAACAAGAAACCAUUCAGCAGUGGUUGAAAACUAAAGGUGUGUGGGUCGGGAUGCUUGGCUGCCUGGAGGAAUAUGAUUUCCUUGCCCGGGAGUUUAGCAGCACACGUGGUCAGGAAGAACGCCAGAAGAUCAUGGUGAUAGUGAAGAAAAUGAUCGAACAGCUGCCAGAGUCGGAUCAGAAACUUGCAGAACAGUACUACAAAAUUAUGAGCAAGGUCCUGGUGCAGGGUGACUCGUUCGUUAGUUCGGAGAUUGCGCGAAUCGGCAAACUGCUGGAAGAGAGCAAGAUGAGUUCGGCUAAGAAGACGGAUUUUCAGAAGCGGCAGAACAUCCUGAGCUCAUUCCAGGUACCAAGUGUACCAAAAGAGGAUUUGUGAGAGAAUUGGGAUCCAUUGAAGUCUGGAAAAAGAAAGCUUCCUACUGUAAGCCAUGUUACUGCUGGAGUUGUCAGGCAAGGGAGGGUCUUGCUUUCAGUAGUUCUCCCUUCCCCAAUUCCUAUUCACUCAAGGUCUCUGACCCUUGCUAUUCUCAGCUGCCACCUGGCAGGACCACUGGAUACACAUCAAGAGCAGGAGAAAUAGCAGAUUACCACCCCUUGCACUGCCCAACCUCACUCCCAGCUCUCAGGACUAGAGCAUGGAAGCCAAUUGUGCCAUGACCCAUUUCCUUACAGUCCCAACUAACCCAGUACAGACUUGGAUUCAUAGAACAGUACAGCACAAUACAGGCCCUUCGGCCCAUAAUGUUGUGCCGACCUUUAAACCUCACCUAAGACUAUUUAACCCCUUCCUCCCACAUAUCCCUCUAUUUUUAAUUCCUCCAUAUGCUUAUCUAGUAAACUCUUGAAUUUGACCAAUGUGCCUGCCUCCACCAACGCCCCAGGCAGCGCAUUCCAUGCCCCAACCACUCUCUGGGUAAAAAAAAAACCUUUCUCUGAUAUCUCCCUUGAACUUCCCACCCAUUAUUUUAAAGCCAUGCCCUCCUGUAUUGAGCAUUGGUGCCCUGGGAAAGAGGCGCUGGCUAUCCACUCGAUCUAUUCCUCUUAAUAUUUUGUACACAACCUUGGCAUUUUGAUUUAAGAGUCACAACCUCACAUUUAGUUGCAGCAGUCCAAGUUCCUUUCUUUGAAAGGGAACUUUCAGCAACAUUUUGGCAGCACUAUGUCCUGACUUUGGCAGUACAUAACACAGGUGACGGCACAUGUCACCACCUGACAAUUUCUUCACUGUGCAGAGCUCCCAGUCUCAGUUGUGCUGCUGUGGAGGUGCUGCUCAGCAGCAGUGCCAGACUGCAUUAAUCUCUUCCAUACAGUUUUAAUGGCGCUAUGGGAUUGAUCAUCCACACCAAGGGAACGGCAGGUGACAUAGGCAGGCCAGCUGAGAGGAUGGGAUACAACUUGAGCUCUGGGAGUUACACCAACUGAAUCCAAAUUUAAACUAAUUUUUCCCAAGCAUGUAAUAAAUUACAGUGAAUUUUACUUAGUCUGCCCUUCAGCAGUGACAUGGUUAAGAGUCUUAAUUGUUUACAAGCAUUUUUACAAUUUAAAAUCUUAAAAUAACUUUUCACUGAUGUUUUGUUGAACGUUCUCCAACAUGUGACAAACUGAGGCACAGUUUGUCCUUCCAAAAGCCUCUCUCAUUCCAAAAAUGUCACAAUGGCUGGGCUGUAUGAAACUGAGGUCAGCAGUUAAAAGGAAUAACCUUGUAAAAGAUUGUUUCACCACCACUCUAGAUACUGCAGCCUCUGCUUCUCCUCUGGCUGCUGAGAUGGCAACAUCUUUGAACAGCAUUCCCCAAUAUUAUCACUGGAGAGCAAGAGGAGGAAUUAUAAAAAAAAUCCCUGCUAAGGUUCAGGCUUCUGGUUCGAUGUAACCUCCUCUCUCCCAGUUGAAGGCAGUCCGAUUUCACCCCCAGGUUUUCUAAAUCCCAGGGACAAUCCUUUUACAUGACGACCCUUCUAUAGGGGUCUGUUCCUGAAAUAUCAGCUGAAGUGACCUCAUCAUGAGCAAAGGAGAGCCCAAAUCCUGUUAAUCCACAGAUGUGUGUUCACAAAUGGACUCAACUCCUGUGGCAAUAAGGAAAAACCUGGUUCAACUUUGUUAACAUCCAAACACAUUUUGCUCAUUCUUAAUUAGAUCUUACUCCAACAGUCUAUCAGUGUUAUGAUUGUCCAAGUGUGAAAAUAAUUACUUGUGUGCUCUAAUUAAUUGUUUUAAAAAUGUAUUAAAAUUCAUAAUUUACACUUA